AUGAAUAAGAAUGGCACUGUAUUUGGGGGUGGAGGGACAAAGUCCACAGCGGCCACUACUAUUAAAGAAACCCCGCAAAUAGAUCCGAAAACUAGUCAGCAGGAAAAUGUACCGGAUGAGGUGAAGUUGGUGAAGGCAUUAGAGACUUUUCACUUUCCAGUAGAGGAAGAAGAUGCGAAGGAGACAAAGAACAGCAAAGAGAGUAAAGUGAAUGAUGUGAACAGACAAGAGAAGCCGAGUUCUAUUUUGGUGGCUGACAAUUCCAGCAUAAACAACCAUAGUAGUAACAAUGACAAUGCAGAGAAUAAUAAUAAUAAAUGGGGAGGUUCUACAGAAACGGGUAAAGGGACGGCUCAGAGAAAAUCACUUGUGAAAUUCCUGAGCCCAAACCCAUCAAAGGGAUCUAGAUAG